AUGAUGGAGUCGCUUCUUAAAAACCUCAAAGAGCAUGUAACAUGCUCGAUUUGUUUAGAUACUUACACCAAACCUAAGACCAUUGCUUGUCUUCAUACGUUCUGCUGUGAAUGCCUGGAGAGACAUGCGCUAACGAACCAAAAACAAGAGUUUUAUCGAUGCCCUGAGUGUCACGCACAAAUUCGCAUCCCUGAGGGAAAGCGUUUUGAUAAUCUGCCAAGCAGUUUUCUGCACAACAGUUUGUUGAGUCUUCUUGCUGUUCAACGCAGUGGUGUAGGAAAUGAGAUCAGCUGUGGUACAUGCCAGAAGAAGAGCGCUGAGAUCAACUACUGCUUUGAAUGCGAGAAGUUUAUGUGCCCCGACUGCGUGAAAGCACAUGAAGUGUUUCGAGAUACUAUAUUUCAGGAACACAAAGUCACACCAGUGCGACAGUUUCAGGCCACAGACUAUGAGGCCUUGUUGAGACGGCACUCGUUUUGCUCGGAGAAGUAUCACGAGAAAGAGGUAACGAAGUUUUUCUACGUGGGCUGUCAAAGCUGUGUGUGUCAAGUUUGCAUUGCCACUGAUCACAAAAGCCAUUAUGUUGUUCCGCUUGAGAAGGCAGCGGACGAUGAGAAAGCAAACAUCAUUGCCAGAGCGCAGCUGGUCAAAGAGAAGAAAGAGGUCUGCCGGGGUGUUAUUUGUGAGUUUGAGAAGAAAGAGCUUGAGUUAGAAGUGAACAUUAGCACAGCUAAACACAAAGUUUCCCAAGCAACCGAACAGAUGAUGGAAAAGCUUUGCAAACUGGAACGUGAAGCCAUUACUGCCCUCGAGAAGUCUCGCUUAUCAAGAGUUGAGAAAUUACAUUCUGGAAAAGCAUCGGUCGUCUCCUUGGAAAAGCAACUUGACCAAGCCUUUGCGUUCAGUAACAACCUGGUUGAAAGAAGCUCAAGUUCAGACAUAAUGCAAAACAAGAGAAAUGUGGAAGAACGAAUCGAAGACCUCAUCAAGACCACAAUGCCAACACUUCCGGUUAGCUCGUUUGUGGAGUUUGUGUCGACAUGUGAACCAGAGAGUUUGAGUCUGGGAUUUACGAACUUCAGCGAAACAGAUGUGCAAGGAUCGACCGUAGAAGGCUUGGAUCAGAAUAUCCAAGCUGGUGCAGAAGCAAAGCUUCUAAUUUGUCCCAAAACAAGCGAGGGAGAAAUCAGAAACACUCAGCACACAGAUCGUGUUGAAAUACACAUAGACCCUGCGGAUCAGGUGAGAAGUUUGGUGACGUGUGAAAAAGAAAAGGAAACUUUCCAAGCAAACUUUGUGGUGAAAGUACCAGGUACAUAUAAAAUAGAAGUGAAGGUAAACGGACAGAGACUUGUCAGGAGUCCUUUUACUAUUGUGGUUAAAGCACGAGAGAUUAACGUUGUUGGUAAACUGGACUUUCAGGAAGCAGUGCGUCGGGCUCCAGCCGGCAUUGCAGUGAACAGUAAAGGUGUUAUUGCUGUGGCUGAUAUUAAUGGUCACUGUAUUCUAGUAUUUGAUGAGACAGGAAAGUUUGCCCGAAAAAUUGGUGAUCAAGGUGACAAGGAUGGGCAAUUUGAGAGUCCGACUGAGGUCGCAUUCCUAAACGGUGACGAGAUUCUAGUGGCAGAUGAACGUAAUCACCGAAUACAGCAGUUGAAUGUACAGACAGGGAACUUUGUGAAAAGCUUUGGAAAACAGGGAAGCGGAGAUGGAGAGUUUGAGUAUCCCACAGGUGUUUGUAUUACAAGUGAUGGACGUUUUAUCGUUGUAGCGGAUUGUGGUAACAACAGAAUUCAGUUGUUUACAAUGGAUGGUGAGCCUGUGUUUAAGUUUGGUGACAGCGGCCCAGAAAGGCUGAAUAAUCCGUCCAGCUGCGUUUGUUACGAGGAGAAGUUCAUUGUAACUGACUUGAAAAACAACUGUGUGAAAGUGUUUGACGGGAAAGGACAGUUUUUGUACAAGUUCGGAGGAAAAGGAAACGGUGAGGGACAGAUGAAUAUCCCGUGUUGCUUAUGUGUUGACAAGUAUGGCAACCUUCUCGUAUGUGACUCGAGGAAUGGACGCAUUCAACAGUAUUCAUUGGAGGGAACUUUCACUGGCAAGACAAGUACUAAGGUAAACCUAACAGUACCUUGGGGUGUUACCACAAUGCCAGAUGAUCGGAUUUUAAUCACUGAACACCAUGGGAAAGAAGUAAAAAUUCUUAAAUAA